GGCCAAGCUUGUCCUUGGAUUACCAUAGGCAGCCGCAUGAUGUUACAAAACAACCUUUCAGUCGGCCUGCCCAUGUGUGGCACCGCAGGUCACGUAUAUGACGACCCUAAUACGGACAAGUUCUGGGAAUUCGUCGAGCGGCAGAUCAAAGUAUGUACUGAGGAACACGAUAAUUGUCGGGCUUGCGACCGCCAGGCGGAGACUGCAGGACUGUUGCCGACACGGCUCAUUCAGCUCGACACUCCGACAGAGCGCGAGCUAUCUAUCAGGUUGGUAGAUACACAUGAAGAGCCUGACAUGCACGGCAAGACAUAUGUAGCACUUUCGCAUCGCUGGGGAGAGAAGAUGCCAAUCACGACAACUCGGGAGACAUUCUCGGUCAGGAAGUUCGACAUCCCAUGGAACUCACUCUCCCUGACCUUCCAAGACGCUAUCAGAGUUGCCCUUCGCAUCGGCAUCCAUCUCAUCUGGAUAGACUCUCUAUGUAUCAUUCAAGGCGACAAGGAUGAUUGGGAGAUCGAGGCGGCGAAAAUGGCAUCCAUCUAUCGCAGCGCCUUUGCAGUCAUCUCGGCUACCUCAGCGAACGGGCCCCACGACGGCUUUCUCGAUAGAGAAGCUUCCUAUGCCCCUGUUCGCGGCACAACCGUCACAGAGGAACCUUUCGAACUAUAUCUGCGAAGAUCGCGCCUCCAUCACGGGUACUUCACAGGCUCCAACGACGCCUUGGAGCCUGGCGACCAUGCUUUGCUCUCCCGUGCCUGGUGCUUCCAGGAGAGACUCCUCGGAACCCGGGUGAUCCACUUUGUCAAGGACGAUAUCAUCUUCGAGUGCCUUCACGGCGCAGUCUGUCAGUGCGGCGGUCUCCCCCGGCACCGCAGCAUUGAAUCGAGCAACGCCAGACGUUACGUGGAUUCUCUGCGCUGCUCUACCUGCGGCGCCGAGUCAGUCUCUGUCACGGACAACUCGUGGCAGAGAGAACACGCCGAAGGUUGCUCAGCCAUCGUUUUCUCUGCCUGGGAGGACAUUGUCGCCGAUUACUCCAAGACCUCGAUAACCUUUCCUGCGGAUUGGCUGCCUGCGCUGUCGGGUAUUGCCAACCAGUUGUCGGAGCAAGUGAAGAGUCGCUACUUUGCUGGCCUAUGGGGUAAUAACAUCCUCGACGGGCUGCUAUGGGUACCCUGUGAGAAUCGUGAAAGCAGCCGCCAACCAAGAAACCAGAGCAAAGCUUACAUAGCACCGAGCUGGAGCUGGGCUGGCGUCCAAAAGGAAGUGAGCUAUGCUUACCUGAGACAGAAAGCCCGGGGGUCGCCGAGAUACUACCCAGAAUUUGAUAUCAACAAUUCAGACUGUGUCUUGGACAGCCAUCACAACCCUUUUGGCACUGUAUCUGCUGGAUGGCUACGUCUCAAGGGCCCUGCCCUACCAGCAACACUCGCCGCUCUUGCCGAUCGGAAACCUCCUCUAAUCAGGGGCAAGCUGCAGACAGAUGGCAUUCCCAACGCCGACAGGGCUGAUUUGAUGGACUUCAUUGCGGAUGACCCCGUCACGCUCCAAGGUCGAGUGGGACACCGAGUCUGGCUUCUGCCGGUCGUGCAGAGAAGUACGCGAGAUACGUGGUCUCUCGCCCUCGUGUUGGCAGAGCCGUUUUCGAUGACCAGCAAGGGGCGGAGCGGCGUUGACGACCUACCGGAUACCGUGCGUAACCACCACACAGUCUUGCAGCGGGUUGGGCUUAUGGAGAGCUAUUGCCAUGACGAUCUGCAACAUGAUCGAUACUCGGAGGAGAUUGACUUCUAUUUGAUUUGA